AUGUUCACCAAGGCGACGCAGUUUGGCAGCUACGCCGAGGCCACGGAAGUCCAGGCGGUUGCCAAGGGUCUGCUGAAGCAGAAGAAGGAAGGCUUGUUGGACGAGGAGGAUGUGACGCAGGGCGCCGACUUUGCCGAUGUUGUCAGGGCCGUCGUGGACACGUUGAACAGACCCAGCGCGCGCGACGUCAUCUCCCACCUGCUUGCGGAGGGCGAAUCAAGGAGCAAGACUUACUAUGGCCACUACAAAGGCUGCACGGGCCCGAAGUUGCGCGACGUCCUUGGGCAGGCCGUCAACUGCUUGGUCGCCAUCAAUGUCCUCGCCGUCCAGCACCUGAAAUUCACGGACAGUCGCCAGCGGCGCGUGGAAUAUGAUGCCCUUUUUGUCCCCCUCCGGGAAGCAGCAGCGUCUUCGUCGAAGCCAGCCGGCAGGGGACAAGGCAAAGCGCCAGCGGCGCAACCGCCACCACCAGCAGCUUCCUCCAGCCGCAGCAACCCGAACAUCUCCGCGGACACCGGUGCCAAGAGUAAAAAUGCCAGCGCGGUCAUAUCCUAUGGAAAAGCGCACCCAUUACAGAGUGUUUACCUACACCCGUGCUGUCAUGGUCUAGGGAAGAAGUAGGCGCAUCUUUGUCAUGUGUGUGGGCUCCUGAGUCGAGACAUUGUUCUCCUUGCAGUCGGUAUUCUUCAGAGCGGGACUCUGUUUGCAUGAAGACUUCAUUUGCAAUUGCAUCCCUAGUCUCCAAAAAGAGAUCGCAAUCUUUAGAGUGGGCGCUUUCUGUUGGAGGAUACCGAAGCAGCAGCUCCUCAGUUGUCCCCGCCCAGGCGAAAAAGGCUCCGGCCGUAAGUGGAUCCAGGGGUCCUGUGCUUCCAACGAGUUCAAUAGGUCCGUUCGCGGCGGCCGGCUCCAGUGCCGGUACGUGUAGUAGUAGCGUAGUGCUUUUAGAUUACUUUCCAGUAACUGUCUGUUGUAGCAGCAAAGAGCUUUUCCAUCGUCCACACUCUAGCAGCACAAUUUUCCAGGCUCAGGCGAAUUUAUUGCGUGUGAUAGCUUACCGGGGCCGCUCGAUUUGCUAUGCCGUUUGCAAUGCAAAUGUGUCUGGUAUCGGAAAUUAGCGAGCCUGGUCCUGCUGGUCUGUAUUGCGAGGCCCCGAAGAGAUCCUCUUGCUUGUCAUGACAAAACGCCGCUUCUCAUGCGGAGGACACGUGCAGCACAGAGUGGGGCUCGCUCGCAUCAUGCGUCACAACUGUUGAUGCAAACCAGCAUAUGGGGCGGGGACGUUGUUACUCAGGAUAUGUGUGCUGGUUCGCUCGGGACUCAAGCAAAGCAGCAGGCCGGUUUUCUGACAGUUUGCCGAGAGAGACGGGUGAGAAUCUCGCGUGGGGGUCUGGCCGCGCAUUGGGUACGUACGCAUGAGACGAGCCGACGACGCCGCGGUGGAGGCCCAGCAACAGCAACCUGGCGCAAGAAUGGGGCGCAACGGUGGUGCGAGGCGCAAAGGCGUUGCUGUGUAGAUUCUGCGCCAAUUAUUCUAUUGGGCUUCGUAAUCAUCUUCCAAAAAAUACAAAUCUCAGGUAGUCCCCCGUGGAGUCGAUGGAUUGUCGCUGGGAAGCCUGACGCGCUUACGGAAGCAGACUGCCGGUGGCGGAGUGGCACUGGGUCGCAGGGUCAUAGAAGAUGGCGCCCAGGUUCGACCGGUUCGUGGAUAACUAACAGCACGACAGACCCUUCGCUCUGCCCACGGAAAGAUCAGCAGCGGCGACACGACCGAGCACGACAACAAACUACGACCAGGCCAGAUCACGGAUUCGAUGCUGCGACGAAACUAGCCUGAUUCCACUAGUCUGAUUCCAUCCGUAAACCUGAUUCCGAUACGCGGAUUCGAUAGCUUAGCCUGAUUCCGUUAGUCUGAUUCCAUAGAUAAGUCUGAUCCCGUAAAUGCUUUAGUCUGAUACCAUCGACGACCAAUAAGAACGCUGUACGUUGUUUCUGUUUCCGCGCGCGGCCCGCGACCGACCAAAGCGUGCGCAAGCGCUCGCAAGAGCGCUUUGCGCGCGGGCUUGCCCGCGCGCAAAGCGCUCUUUGCGAGAUGCUCAUCCAUCGCAAACGCAGCGCGAAGGCUUUGCCGUUACCAUAUGGGAGGAACUCGGGGGUAUGCAAUCACUGGAAAAAUCGGGCGUUACCAAGUGUGUUUUGCCUUCAGAAAGCGGAUCUGGCAGAAUUGGUGGGAAUUUUCCGGAAAGCAGCCAAAACAGCAAUUACCAAGCGGGGAGAGCGUAAAAAAGAGCAGUUUUGCAGCUCCGCCCAGUCUGAAUCUGAAAAAAGAUAGUGGUAUUUUAGGCUAGGGCCGAUGGUGUGAUGUGUUUUAUAGCGAAAAACGCGUCACGUGCAGGCAGCUCCAGCCGCUUGGAAAUUGAAAAAAAGCGUUGAAAAAAUGCAAAUUUUCGCAGCAUGCAAGCGGGCGAGAAAAUUUACCGAUUUUCUGCAGUCCCCGGAAGCCGCUUGGAAAUUGAAAAUGGCAAUUUUUCCUGAAAAAGCAAAAGACGCUUGAAAAUUGCCGCUCAAAAGUGGUUUUCAAAUUUGUCCGGAGGCCCGUGGCACCGGGAUUGGACGAGAAAAAAACAAUUAUCAAGCCUGUGGAGGUGUGUCCACCCCUCACGGUUUCCGACCUGUAUGAGGUCCAAAAUUGUGAGCCUCCUCCCGCUUGGAAAUGCUCGAUCUGGGUGGCCCAAAAGGGCUGCCGGAAAUGGCGCGAAUUGAUUAACUUUUUAAAAUUUGCGCAUUUUUCCUGGCCAGCGUGCCCUCGUGCAUAAUGUUACUCGCGAUGGUGUUCUGCUCGCCAAAAACCGCAUUCUCUUGCGCGCCCUUGCUUCCUGGUUAGAGGAUGAGAGCGCGGCCCGAAGCGGGCUGUAGUGUUGGACCGCGGCCCUUGGGCCGCGGUCCAAGAGUGGUGCCCGCGAGGGCCGCGCUCUCAUCCUCUAACCAGGAAGUCAAGGGAUGCGCGGUAGCCUUCGCGCUGAUUGGGGCGCUUCGCACGCUUUUGGUUACCAAUAUCGCCCUCCGGGCGCGACCUUAAUAAGAACGCUGUACGUUGUUUCUGUUUCCGCGCGCGGCCCGCGACCGACAUACUCUGCCCAAAAAUACCUUGCGACAGCUGCGCCCAAAGAGCACUUCGCUUAAUCCAUGUAUGGCAUUGUUUCGUGUUGAAACUUUAAUCAUAAGUUGUAUUGAAAAACUGAUGCGGCUGCAUCGAAGCAGCGGCCGCGCCCCGUCAAACGCCCAUCUUUUGCUGCAGUAACGCCCCUCUGCGAUGCGCCCGCGCCCCGUCGUGCGUUUUCGUUGUUGCGUUUCAGGGAGGUGAUUCUGUAGACUUACAAUCUCGUGCAGUAAACAAUAUUCAAACCCUAAUUCGUGCACAUGUUCAGCAAUAAAAAAAGUUUCUCGUCAGUCGUCAAAAAUCCGCUGAACAAAUUUCGUACACAUGUGAACUCGUACCUGCAACGUUUUCAUCGUACAAGAAAAGUCGUUCUUCAGUCGCGCAUUGCCCUGUGCUUGUCGCAGUUGAUGCGUUCGGUUCUGCGUUCGUCC